AUGCCCACUCACCUUUCCAAGACCCGCAAGCACCGCGGCCACGUCUCUGCCGGUAACGGUCGUGUCGGCAAGCACCGCAAGCACCCAGGUGGUCGCGGUCUCGCCGGUGGUCAGCACCACCACCGCACCAACAUGGACAAGUACCACCCUGGUUACUUCGGUAAGGUCGGUAUGCGCCACUUCCACCUUACGCGCAACUCGUCGUACCGCCCCGUUCUCAACCUUGACAAGCUGUGGACGCUUGUCCCCGCUGAGCAGCGUGAGGGUCUGAGCGCCAGCUCGACCGAGGUGCCCGUCAUCGACACCCUCGCUGCCGGCUACGGCAAGGUGCUCGGCAAGGGCCGUCUGCCCUCGCUCCCCUGCAUCGUCAAGGCUCGCUGGGUGUCGUCGCUCGCCGAGAAGAAGAUCAAGGAGGCCGGCGGUGUCGUCAAGCUCGUUGCUUAA